GUUCGGUUGUAAAAAGCGUCUUUUCUUGCAUCUCAAGCGUUUACGUGAAUGCAGUUUUUUUUAUCUUUACUAAUUAUUCAUCAUUGAUCAAUAUUUCUUCACGUCACGAAUUAAAUAUUUUUUUACUUGAAACUAAAAAAAAAUAUUUAAAAAAAAAUAAAAUUAAUGAUCAACUGAAAAAUGUUUCAACCGCACGUCAAGAGGCAAACCUAACGGUUAAAGAAGAGAAAAAAAAUGAAGUUCAAUUAAAAAACAAACAAAAAUUCGGUGAAUGAAAUAUCUAUAAGUAACGGUCAGUUAUGUGGUGUUACAUCAACUAACGAGCAGAUAGUAAGAGUGAAUUAACGCAGAGAGGCGUGGUGAGAGAGAAUCGUUCAAAAUAAAAAAUUUUAAAUUUGGGUCAAGUUUAGACACGUUUUGUGUCGUCGUCGCUCUCUCACAACACUAACACAGAGACCCAUUUUCACGUAAAAAAGUGCAAUUUUUGGCAAAAACAUGCGGCUUUUCGGAGUCAAAUAUAACGGGACGCAUGUCAAGGCGUUGCUGAGGAAGGAUUAUCUCGUCAGGAAACGUCAACCGUGGAUGACACUUGUGCAGUAUAUUUGGCCAUGUGUGAUAUUUCUUGCCUUGUAUAUUUUGAGGAAUCGUUUUAAGGCUUACACAGUGGAGGAAUGUCAAUUUCCGACGAGGCAGUUGCCGUCGCCGAAUAACUUGCUGCCAUUUUUCCAAUCGUACAUUUGUUCCAUAGAAAAUAAGUGUUUUAGUCCUAAGGAGUAUAAGGAAGUGCCGGAUUAUGAGGAUGCACCUGUGACGCCCGUGCUGAACAUCGUGCAAACAUUCCUGAACGAGGAGAAGCUCUACAAAGCCGUCAUUAACUUGCCAAUCGAGAAAAAUAUCAUCGGGACCGUGAUUUCGGUUGUCACGCAUCCACAAUUCAAAUAUAUCGAAAGCAAUGGCAUGCGACUCGGAAAACUUUUGCCGGAAGUCGAGAAAAUUAUUGGCGCCAAUUUCGAUCCGGACAAUUUGUUUUCGGAUUCGAGCACUUUUUCGAACUUUGGCAAGAUUUUGUGUCAUCAUCCGUUCCCGCGAGGCGACAGUAUUCGGUUUGUCAACAACGUGCUCAACUCUGAAGACUACAAUGGAGCUGAUAAACGGGAAAUUAAUGCUUUGCCAACUGAUUAUUGCAAGCAGUUGUAUAUGGACGUGACAAACUCAAAUUAUGGGAAAAUCACAUGGUCCCAUAUAAAGCCCAUUAUUCAAGGGAAGAUUUUGUAUGGACCUGAUAAUGAUCACACACGUGAGAUAAUUCAACUUGCAAAUCAAACAUUUUCCGACAUGGCCCGUCUCAAAGUCUUCCUGAAAAGCAUCGACACGACUUUCGAUCUCCUCAAAAACGAUGAAGAGUUCAAAGCAAAGUUCAACUCUCUCAUCCGGCUGGCAAAUAACGAUCUCAUCAAAAAAUUAGCGGGCGACGCUUUCAAUCCGGAAGCCAUCGAACAAACGCUCAACGGAAUUUUGAACGACAAACGAAUCUCGAGCACAGUUCGGGUCAUUUCAAAUUUAUUCGAUUGUUAUUCCGUCGAUCGAUUUAUCCCAGUUGCGUCGGAAACAGCUUUGGAGGAUAAGGCUUUCCAGCUGAGUGACGACAAACUUUUGUAUGCUGGGAUUUAUUUCAACGAAAAUGCCAAAACGAACGAGACUUCGUACAAAAUUCGCAUGAAUAUUGAUGACACUCCCGUGACGUCAGAAGUGCGAAAUCGCUUUUGGUUCCCGGGACCCGAAGGAAAUAUGGCGCUUGACCUUCGCUACCAUCGUGGAUUCGCCCAAAUUCAACAAAGUGUCGAUAUGGCGAUCAUUAAAGUGCAAAAAGAGAAAAAAAAGAAGCACAGCGGUGACGCACUUGAUCCCGUUUUUGAGUCAUGGGACAACGAAUAUGCCUCGAGCACCCCAUCUGGAGCCUUUCCAAAGGUAAAUUUCGAUGAUGAGGACGAUGAUGGGUUUGAUGAGUUCGAUAGUGAUACAAGUGCGGGCGAUAAAGAUGUCAAAGUAUCGAUUGGACUUGGAAAUGGCGGCGACGACGACGGAUUUGGGAGCUUUGAAGAUGAUUCUGAUGAAGAAACGACCAAAAAAGUCGAAGUCAGUAGCACAACAAAUCGUGUGAGCACUUUGGCGGAAGUAACGACGACAAUUGGACCGGAUCAGGAAGCAAGUCCAACGACAACGACUCCUGCAAGCACGACAAAAGUCGAAGAGGAUAGUUUUGAAUCGUUUGGCGAGGAAACUGGGGGCACGAGAGAAAAACGCCAACUUGGUUCUUUGUUGGAUCAAUUCUUCCCAAGCGGUAAAAAGAACUUUACGCCGACUUUGGAUGACAUGAAAUAUUAUACGAAGCAGUUUCCGUAUCCGAAAUAUGAGGCAGAUGACUUCAAAAAGGGACUUUACCUUGCCCAAGCAGUACAAAUGUCCUUCUUCUUCGCGUUAAUCGUACAAAUAGCAUCGUCCGUACGUCAACGAGUUUGGAUGAAAGAAUCCGGCAACAUCACCCUCAUGCGUACAAUGGGCCUUGUCAAAUCAGCCGAGAUCAUUUCGUGGCUUCUCACAUCAAUUCUCGAGUUAGCGAUCAUCAUGUUUUUAGUUCUCUUAAUUUUAUACGUUGGCGGCAUCCUCGUCACUUCCUCAAAGUUGUUCAUGUAUGUCUUUCUCAUGGCGUUCGGAUGUUGCGUCGUCAGUUUUUGUUUCAUGUGUUCGACAUUUUUCUCCUCGGCGAGCAUCGGAACAGUCGCAUCUGUGAUAUUUUUCCUCAUAACUUUCAUGCCGUACAUUUUGAUCAUCUCCCUGGGCGCCACAUUACAAGCCACGAGCAAAUUUAUCGCAAGUUUAUUCGCUUCAACGGCCUUUUGUUAUGCCUGGCGCUUCAUAAUGCGCACGGAAUUGCAACAAAAAGACCUCGGAUUCGGAAAUGCCUUUGACGGCGACAUCACAGAAAACGAUUUCAAGUUUGGAUUUUUCAUGAUUUUGCUUGAUACGUUAAUUUAUGCCGCUAUCGGGGCAAUUUGUGAGAAAUUUUUGUACGACGAUAAUAACUUUUAUGAAGUGACCCGCAAGAACAUCGACAAGAAUCACGGUGCGGAACUAACGAACGUGACGAAAAUUUAUGAUGGCACGAACAAGAAAGCGGUCGAUAAUGUCUCGUUAAUACUGGAACGUGAUCAAGUAACGGCUUUGCUCGGGCGAAAUGGCGCCGGAAAGUCCACGAUGAUAAAAAUGUUAACGGGACAAUUACAACCCACGGAUGGAAAUGUUGUCCUUCCCCCGAACUACGAUCUCAUCACCGGCAACAAAAAUAACCAAGAAAAGAUCGGAUUGUGUGCUCAAAACAACAUUUUAAUACCAAAUCUCACUGCAAAAGAGCAUCUUGAGCUUUAUGCGAAGAUAAAAAUGCGCAGCGGCUUCAACUCGGAAAUCAAAAAAACCCUCACGAACCUCAAAUUUGGCAAAUACAAGAGUUACAGUGCCCAAGAACUGUCCGGCGGCUACAAGAGACGCCUUUGUAUCGCAAUAGCUUUCAUCGCGUCGCCAAAUUUGGUGAUUUUAGACGAGCCCUGUUCCGGCGUCGACACGAAAGCCCGCAAAAAUAUCUGGGAUCUCAUCGAAUUAUUGCGAAAGGGGCGUGCUGUUGUGCUUGCCACGCAUUUUAUGGACGAAGCGGAGCAACUUGCCGAUAAAAUUGUGAUUGUCAAUCAGGGUAAAAUUGUCUCCGAAACGACUUUGGAUACGUUAAAACAUGAAUUUACGAAAUUUUUCGAGCUAAAUAUCGAGUUUCAAGGCAUGAAUGAACGCGAUAAGACCCUAAUUUGUGAUAAUAUUCGCAAUAGUAUCAAGGAAAAAAUUCCCGGAGCGCAUGUUUCGAACUCUUCUUCGAACAUUUACUCGUUAAAUGUCCCCUACAAAGACUCUAAACAGGAUUAUUACGACUUUGAGACGAUCAUCAAGUCGUUGGAACGGCUUCAGAACCAGAAGAAAAUCCAUUCGUUCAAUAUAACAACCAAAAAUUUGAGUGACAUCUUCAACAAGUACAACGAAUAUGAGAUGAACGGCAAUGGAAAUCACGAAAUUAACGGAAAUUCCGACAAUAUGCACGAAAUCCCGAUCAAAGAUGUCGAGGACGAAGCGGAAAUUAGCACAAAAACGAUCGUUUUGUCGCUUUUCUGGAAGCGAAUGAUUCAUUUUAUGCGAAAUUAUCGCAUGUUGUUGUGCAUUUUGGUGCUGCCAGUCGUUUUUGAGUGCAUCGCCAUGAUUUUUUUGAUCAUCAGACCACCGGGAGAGUUCGACACGGCAUUAGAAUUAUCCAAAAAUUUGUAUCCGCGAAGUACGGAGUUUUACAGCUUCGAAGAAUCGUCGGAUCCGAAUGACACGUUUGUUCCGUAUGCGAAGAGGAUUUAUGGGGAUUUGGUUGAACAUUGCAGCGGAAGUUGCGAAAUCUUCAAAGACUCGAGGGAGACGUUUGAUUGGCUGCUGAAGACGAAUGAUGAGUACAUUGAGAGAAGAUAUGGCGGGAUAAGUGUUAAUCGGAGCAAUUUGGCGAUUUGGUAUAAUAACAAGGGGUAUCAUGCGAUGGCGUCGUACAUGAGUGUGUUGAAUAAUGCGAUUUUGAGGAGAGAAUUGAAUGAUUCGAGUUACUCGAUUAAAACUGUGAAUCAUCCGUUGAAGUUGGGAGAUGAUGGAUUGAGCUUUACUUCAGUAUUAACUCAAGUAGCUGACGCCGGAGUGUCUUUAAUUAUCCUCAUCGCCUUCAGUUUAGUGCUUGCUGGAGCUUCUGUCUACAUCGUCAGUGAACGUUUGAACGGCGAAAAAUUACAACAAAAGUUAUGCGGCGUCAGUUUCCACACAUAUUGGGGCGUCACGUUCUUUUGGGACUUCAUUUUAUAUGGCUUAGCUGUCAUCGCCGCUGUAAUUGUCUUCCUGAUUUUCAAUCUUCCGUUGUACGUGGAUCGAGAUCAACUACCAGGAAUUGUUCUUUUACUCUUUCUUUAUGGAUUUGCGACUAUCCCAAUGGUUCAUAUCGUCGAAAAAUUGUUCACUGACGCCAGUUUCGCCAAUAUGACAAUUUUUUGCAUGAAUGUCAUCGUUGCGCUUGUGACCUUGGCUGUUAUUAUUCUCAUGGAUGUCUUGAUGGAAACGGACGAGGACGAAGAAUGGCGAAAUUUCAUGAAUCGAGCGUUUUUGGUGUUCCCGCAACACGCUUUGGCCGAUGGAUUGUUGGAAAUUUGCAAAAAUUACAUCACCUCGAAGGUUUUUGAGCGUUAUUACAUCAACACGUACAAAAGUCCCGUGGCUUCGGAUUUGCUGCUGCCUCAUUUUGCGGCAUUAAUUACCAUCGGAGUCGUUUGUUUGUUCAUCAAUUAUGUCAUCGAGAGCAAAUUAGUGGAAAAAAUGUUCACGAAAAACGAAAGUUCGGCAGAUGAGACUCCAGCAUCGUCGGAACUCGAAUUUAUUUCGAUCCAAAAUACGAUGAAACGCUUCGAUUCGUACGACAUGGCACGUCAAAAUUGCGCCUUGAACGUCGUUAAUGUGCAUAAAAGGUAUCGCGGGCACAGCGAUUUUGCCGUGAAAAAUGUUUCGUUCCACGUGAAGGAUGGCGAAUGUUUUGGGCUUUUGGGAGCGAAUGGCGCCGGCAAAUCCACACUUUUUGGCAUUUUGUCGGGACAAAUUCUCCAAACUUCGGGUUAUGUCAAAGUUCGAACGGAAAAGGGAAUUUCUUAUUGUCCGCAAACGAAUGCUUUGGACCCGUUACUGACGGUUGAGGAAGUAAUUCGCUUCUAUGGGCGCUUACGAAAAGUUCGUGACUUGCAGGAAUUAACAAAUCGCACACUGACGUCACUGCAUCUUACGCAGUACAAAAAUGUGUUGGUCAAAAAUUUGAGCGGAGGCAAUCGAAGGAAACUUAGUGUGGCAGUUACGUGUUUCGGUAACACGAAUGUCGUUUUGAUGGAUGAACCAACAAGUGAUAUGGACCCCAUCACCCGUAGCUUAGUGUACAAAAUAAUCAAAGAAUUGAUAAAAAAUAAUCGAGCUGUGAUCCUCACAUCGCACAGUAUCUCCGAAAUUGAGACAAUUUGUGAUCGAAUUGCCGUUCUAAAGGACGGCAGAGUCCUUUCAACUGGCACACCGCGUCAACUGAAGGACAAUUACGGUAACAGUUACGUCGUUACCAUCUUCAGCAAUGACCCAAAUAGCAGCAAUGUCGACAUCGACAUUCCAACUGAAUUCCCAACCGCAACGAACGUUGUCAAGCAAAGUCAUUCCACAACAUUUAUUGUCAAAGUUAAAUUUAACGACGAUGAAAUCGAAAACGGUGACAUCGCAAACACACAAUAUCACGAUUCCGAAGACAAAGUGCUGCUCAGUGAUCUUUUUGCCAAGCUGAAUGUCCUCAAGAGCAGCAAAAACAUCCUUUAUACCGUCUCCGAGUGUCUCUUGGACCGCAUUUUCGACUCCAUUCUCGAGAGUGAUGUCAAAACUAGCAGGAAAACUGGUUUCAUGAAUCAUGCUUACAACGGAACCAGCGAGACGAGAACUUAAUGUCAUCCUUGCUCAAGUAGUUUUAAGCUUUUGUAAAUAUUUUCAUGAUGCGGGCAUUCACGAUAUUAAAUUUUAGUACUUAGGGAAAUAUUUUUACAUCCAAGAGGGACCAAUGUAGAUGAAAAUAGUGAUCAAUUCUAGAGGACUGUAAAUUUUUUUGAUAUUUAAGGGAAAUUUGUCAAUAUUUUAUUAGUUUUAAUGAAUUUAAAAAAUAAAAAAAUUAAAAAUAAUUCAA